AAUGGGCUUAGAUUUCCGAACAGCCACGCAGUCUGCUGCGCCUCUGCUAUCACUGCUGGGAUGGGUUCUAGCCUGCCUUACAAACUACUUGCCACACUGGAAGACCCUCAACCUGGAGCUGAACGAGAUGGAAAACUGGACCAUGGGGCUCUGGAAAUCCUGCGUCACCCAGGAGGAAGUGGGGAAGCAAUGCAAGGACUUUGACUCCUUCCUGGCCUUGCCAGCUGAACUGCAGACCUCCAGGAUCUUGAUGUCUCUCUCGAAUGGGCUGGGGCUGCUGGGGCUGCUGGCCUCUGGCUGUGGCCUGGACUGCUUGAGGCUUGGAGAGACCCAGAAGGGUCUGAAGAGGCGACUGCUCAUCGUGGGAGGGUUCCUGCUCUGGACUUCGGGUGUGAUGGUCCUGGUCCCUGUCUCCUGGGUGGCCCACAUGACAGUGCAGGAGUUCUGGGAUGAGACCCUGCCUGAGAUUGUGCCCAGGUGGGAGUUUGGGGAGGCCCUUUUCCUCGGCUGGUUUGCUGGCUUCUGCCUUGUGCUAGGAGGGUGUCUGCUUCACUGUGCAAUCUGCUCCAGCCCAGCUCCUCCAGCCUCGGGACACUAUGCAGUGACAGGAUUGCAAGACCACGGCCAGCAACUGGAACUGAAACACCCCAGCCCAGAAAUCUAAGCCAGAGGGAUCAGUGGCCUCUCUA